UAAACCUAAAAGUUAAAACAAAACAUGGCGGCUUUCCAACGCUUUGUGAUUGUAAAUUAAAGAAAAAGAUAGCCUUGCCGAAAAAAAUAUAUUUACAGCUUCAAAUCCUGUAUAAGUGGAAGAGUUUAGGUAAAGAUUAGAAAAUAAGUGAAAGAGCGAUAGUUGUGUGUUAGCGAAGUAUUAAUUUAUAUUUAUCAAACAAUAAACAUGUACGACGAUAGACGUGGUGGUCGUGGUGGACGUGGAGGAUCUCGAGGUCGCGGCAUGAGUCGAGGAGGCGUAAGUUCUCGGGGCGGGAGGUCUAGUGAGAGAUCCCAGGAGAGGGUGACUCGAUUCAGCGGAGGUAGUCGAGGACGAGAUUUCGGCAGAGGUGGUGGAAGAGGAGGUAGCCGUGGUGGGCGCGACAGUCGUGAUGAUUUUCGUGGAAAAUUCAAAAAUGAUCAACCGGGAGGUGGCCUCCGUAAAAUUCGCUGGGACAAUGUCCAACUCACUCCCUUCCAAAAGAACUUUUAUGUACCACAUGCAAAUGUUCAAAAACGCUCAUUGGCUGAUGUGGAGGCCUAUCGUAGUCAACACCAGAUAACAGUUAAAGGGCGCGACGUUCCUGCGCCUAGCAUAUAUUUUGAAGAAGGAGGUUUCCCUGACUAUGCUAUGAAAGAAAUUCUUAAACAAGGGUUUCCUAAUCCAACACCAAUUCAAGCCCAAGGUUGGCCAAUUGCUUUAUCUGGCCGAGACAUGGUUGGAAUUGCUCAAACAGGAUCUGGAAAGACAUUGGCUUACAUUUUGCCGGCAAUUGUGCAUAUAAUCAAUCAACCUAGACUUCUGAGAGAUGAAGGUCCAAUAGUUCUUGUAUUGGCACCAACGAGAGAAUUGGCGCAGCAGAUUCAACAGGCUCUGCUUUCAAUGAACGGGAUAACUGCAGAUGUAGAAGGAAAUCCAAACAACAUGGAAAUAGUAGCUCAGGAGUUUGGUCAGAGUGUACAAGUACGGAACACAUGCAUCUUUGGUGGAGCACCGAAGGGACCCCAGGGGAGGACGCUUGAGAGGGGUGUAGAGAUUGUCAUCGCAACACCGGGAAGACUGAUUGAUUUCUUGGAGAAAGAUACAACUAAUCUUCGUCGCUGUACUUAUUUAGUGUUGGACGAAGCAGAUAGAAUGUUGGAUAUGGGCUUUGAACCACAGAUAAGAAAGAUUAUUGAACAAAUCAGGCCUGAUAGACAGGUGUUGAUGUGGUCUGCAACUUGGCCGAAGGAGGUUCAGAUGCUGGCUGAAGAGUUUCUUCACGACUACAUACAGAUAAACAUUGGUUCGUUAUCACUCUCGGCCAACCACAACAUCCUGCAGAUUGUUGAUGUUUGCGAGGAGUGGGAGAAAAAUGAAAAACUCUUGACUCUAUUAACGGAGAUAUCUUCAGAGGAAGAAACCAAGACAAUCAUCUUUGCAGAGACUAAGAGAAAGGUGGACGAGAUCACGAAGACCAUCAACCGCUCGGGCUGGCGCGCGCUGGCCAUCCACGGCGACAAGAACCAGCAGGACCGCGACUACGUGCUGCAGCAGUUCCGCCACGCGCGCUCCUCCAUCCUCGUGGCCACCGACGUCGCCGCGCGCGGACUGGACGUGGAGGACGUGAAGUUCGUGAUAAACUACGACUAUCCGAAUAAUUCGGAGGACUACGUGCAUCGCAUCGGGCGGACGGGACGCUCGCACAACACGGGCACGGCGUACACGCUGUUCACACCGAACAACUCCGCGAAGGCAAAGGACCUGCUCUCGGUGCUGCAAGAAGCCAAUCAAGUGGUCAACCCUAAGCUGUUGGAGUUAGCUCAAUGUGGAAUGGGAUUCAAGGGGAAAUAUUGUCGCGGCCGGUUCCGCGAGCGGGACGACAGCGGGGAGCGCGGGCGGGGGCGCGGGCGCGGCCGGUACUCGGGCGACAGAGGGUCAAGAUGGGACAGCUCUAACGGCCAGAGCGGCUUCCAGGGUUCCAGUAAUUCGGGUUUUAGCCGAGACAACAGUUACAACAGCCGAUCUAAUUUUGGCAGUAGGGAGGGUGGUGGCUUCAAUAGAGACAGAGAGGGUGGGGGUAGUUUUAGAGGCCGCGGUGGCAGAGGCGGGAGGGGAAGUAGAGGUGGACAAUAUGGUGGUUCAGGAUACGGGCAAAGUCAAUCGGGAUUCAAUCAAUCUAACCAAGGAUUCGAUUCAGCUCCAAACAGCUAUUAUAAUAUGUACUCACAACCACCACCCUCUAACUAAAAUAUAAAAGUAACAGUAUUUACUUUAUUUAGUAGAAUCAGGACCUUUAGGGGAAACGUUUUUCUUACUAUAAUUUCCUGCCUCGUUUUCUCAUACUUGACAUGCAAUAGUUUGAAUUGUCAAUUUGUAUUCUGAUUCUAAAAUGUUUUUUAUUUUAUUGAUGUAGUUAAAAUGGUAAGAUAGUUUUGUCUAGUAAGAAUUCUAAUGACGAAUUAAACAUAUUUAUAAAAUAUAGAUAAAAACAGAUAGAUAAUAUUGUGUGUUUAUGUACGAAACUGUCUAAUAUCUGAAUGUAACCUGAAAGUUGCUACAGUGACACGUAAAUAACUCUGCAAUAUGAAAUUAAUUUUAACAUUUUUUUCUCAUCUUUUCAAGAGCUCAUAUUCAAGUAAAGUAACUCUAUGAUGAUACUGUUGACUGAAAUAGUUACUAGAAUAUAUAAUAUACAAUAAAAUGUAGCCCAGGGAGAUAAAUAUGUAAUCUGUAUGUAGAGCAGAAAAUUGUGAAUUGUUGAUGCUUAGAAAAUAUAUAACAAGAUUAAAACGAGUUUUUAUUUAAUUAGAGAAAAUUUUAAUCAAUUAAAAAAAAAUACUUUGACUGUUUAAGUUCUCAACAGCAUUGUCAGUGAAAUUGACUCCUCAAAAAUCUUUUAAAAUGUCAAAUUGAGAGUAAUUAAUCAUAUAUAAUUAGACCAACUUGUAUAUAUAUGAUACUAUUAAAAUCUAAAAUUCUAAAUCACUGAAAUAAUAUAUUUCAAGGAUGACUUAUUGUUAUAACAAUUUAGGGCAUCUCGCUCAUAUUCAAUGUUAAAAUCUAAAGAAAUUGGCUGUGCAAGUGUGGGAUUAUUGUGAAGAAUUGAUUUGAACUUGUUUUUAUUCCGAGGCCAUUUACAUGCUACUUGUGAAUAGUUAGUAACGUGGUCAGUCGUUUUUGUAACUAUUCUAAAGUAUAAAGUGUAAAAAUGUCACAUGAAUAUAGAUUCUUGAUACAACCUAGAAGCUGGUUAAUUUUUUUUAUAAUUAUCAAACAAUUGAAGCAUUUAUACUUAUCACUGAACUUUAAGGAAACCAUUUAUGGCCUGUCUUUUAGGCGUAGUAUUAUUUUAGAUGAAUUUCUCUGUCUCAUCAGUAAUGUGAUAUUUGAAAGAAGACAAAGCAGUGUUCUAUAUAACAUUUGUUAUUAAAAAAGUUUGAGUAGAGUUAUUUUACGUAAUGUACAACUUCAGUAGGGAUAUUUCAUAGCAAUUAAUAGAUAUUACAACUUGUUAGCUCCGUUGGUAAAAUGUACUUUUAACACCAUUUUAAUGUUCACAUUAUGACUAUACAAUGAAUAAAAAUGUGCUUAUUGCUGGACAAAAAGGCUCUAUAAAUUAUACUAUACAGAAAUGUUCUAAAAACAUCCAUAUAUUAUUAAAUAGUCAUUUAAAGAAAUUAUAUUCAUAAAGUGAACAGGAAAUUGUUAGAAUGUAACAUUCCUUUUUGAACUGCAAUAUUGUAACAUGUGCAACUCACCAAAUAAAUAAUGUCUUAAAUAAUUUCCUUUUUUU